CUUUUCAGAGUCACAUGUGACUUGUUCCUUAGCAGUUGAACUAGGGGAAGAUGACCAGGAUGGAAAUUGUGACAGUGAGAGAAGUUAGAACACUGGGCACAGAGUCAGAAUAGCAGGGGAAAGGGGAAACAGAGUAGGUGAUCAGGGUUUUGGGAGGGAGCAGAUUGUCUUUGUUUCAGGCAGAAAAGUUUUGUCUUUUGGUUGAAUAAGGAAGUCAGAAGAGUGGUCUGUGGGGUAGGUUUAUUUAGAACAGAAAUCAAAGGACGACUUCUCUGAGAGAAAGAAGUAGCAUCUGCAAGGGCCAUGCUGUUUCUGCUACUCCCCUUGCUUACUGCUCUCUUCCAAGGAGGUGACAGUGGGUUUGAGGAGUCUAUCUCCUACCAUCUCAUGCAAACCUCAUCCUUUCACAACCAUUCCUGGGUACAUGUGGGCUCAGGCUGGUUGGGGGAGCUGCAGACUCACAGAUGGAACAGCAGCUCUAAUACCAUCAUUUACCUGUAUCCCUGGUCCAGGGGCAACUUCAGUAACAAGGAGUUGAUGGAUGUGGAAAGGUUGUUCCAGUUAUACUUCAAUGAACAUCAGGACUUUUAUAUUUCUCAAUUAAUGUUUAAAGGGCUGUGUUUUACUAACUCACCUCAGAGGCAGCCUGCGGCCACUCUCCCUAAUCUACAAUCAGAUUCCUUUGAUCUGCAGGUGACAGUAGGCUGUGAACUGCAUUCUGGGAAGGGCUUCCUAGGCUUCAAGCAGGUAGCUAUCCAAGGACAUGACUUCAUGAGCUUCCAGAAUGAAACAUUCUUACCAUCUCCAAAGGGUGGAGAAAAGGCCCAGAAAGCCUGCAAACUGCUCAAUUUCAAUGAAGCCUACACACAGAGGUUAUAUAGGCUCCUCAGUGACACCUGCCCGCGUUUCACCUUGGGUCUUCUUGAUGCAGGGAAGGCUCAUCUCCAGCAACUAGUGAAGCCUGAGGCCUGGCUGUCCAGUGGUCACAGCCCUGGACCAGGCCGUCUGCUGCUGGUGUGCCAUGUGUCUGGCUUCUACCCAAAGCCCGUGUGGGUGAUGUGGAUGCGAGGGGAGCAGGAGCAGCAGGGCACUCAGAGAGGUGACAUUCUGCCUAAUGCAGAUGGGACGUGGUAUCUCCAAGCAACCCUGGACGUGGCAGCUGGGGAGGCGGCUGGCCUGGCCUGCAGGGUGAAGCACAGCAGCCUAGGAGGGCAGGACCUCGUCCUCCACUGGGGUGCACCUCAGAGUGCCCUGGGCUUGAUCCUCUUUGCCGUGAUAGUGGCCCUGGCUCUUCUGACAGGUCUUGGAUUUUGGUUUAGAAAACGCUGGACACACUGUGAAGCUCCCUGAAGUUCUGGCCCUCUGAAGUGAGGACCCAGUCUACAUCUGAACACCACAGGGAUUUGUUGUUCUGACCUGGCUUCUGUGGCUUCAACUCUGAAUGGAACAGGAUGUUAGCAGUGUCAGCCAGGAUGAAUAAAAUGGAUCAUCAGAUGCAUUUCAGCUGUCACAUCCUCCAGGGGUCCUUCCUUGAUCCACAGUGGGAAGCCAUCUCCCCUCCAUCUGAGCAUCCCCAGAUUUCAACUGUGCCCCUUACUGCCUAGCAUCUGUGGCAGGUGUGUAGGUUCAUUUCUUCUUUUAAAAGUUUGAGAGCAAAGCACAUGCUUUUUGAGUAUCUGUAUCCCUGGUGAAAUGUUUGGCCUGAAUAUAACAUGCUAUCAAAAUAAAACCUGUGUUGAUUAUGUAAGA